UGACGUUUGGCUCCGGCUUCACCGCUUCCUGCUGCAUCCGCUGAGCUACCAUCGCCCGAGCCGAGAUCAUAUACCUUAACUACAUGUCAGAUGAUGCACUGAGGGUGGCUUUUAGCAAAGACCACCCGCUAUGCAGUUCUGGGGCUCAGUUAGAGUUUCUCAGCUUUCAGGUUUAUAGGAUAAACUAAGCCCUGACCAGGAAGCAGAAGGAAAAAAAAGAACUGAAAGCAAGCAGACAGACAGGAGGCCACGGUUCCCCCUCACACACGUAUACUCAUCACCACGGCCUUGAUGGUGAUGUAUGCAAGGAAACCAGCAAGAGUCAGCGAUGGGUUCAACGACAGAAGGGAUUCACAACCCUAUCAGGCCCAUAAAUCCCAGCCAAAGAGUCAGUCCAGCAGCUUGUACCGCUAUGACAAGGUGCGGGACGGCUUAUCGGAUCCCAUCCCUCCUUACAAGGUGCUGCGACGGUCAGAUGAAAGUCCCGUCAGUAGACACGCAGACAAUGCCGGACAUAGCAAGGCCCGAGUUUCCCACAAUGUUAGAGGAAAAAAUGGCACCAGCGGCUCACCUCAGGAGACUUCCCAUAACAACAGCUCCCAGCAUGGUGCCGACCCUCAUGCUGCUCAGAGCAAGCCUGCAGACCGGGACCCAGCAGACGACUGGACUGAACACAUUAGCUCUUCUGGGAAAAAGUACUACUACAACUGUAGGACUGAGGUCUCUCAGUGGGAGAAGCCCAAGGACCUGCUGGAGAGGGAACAACGUCAGAAAGACACGACCAAGAUGGCAGCUAACAGUUUCCCGAAAGACAUGGAUUACAGACAAGAGGCCUUGCAGGACAAAGCCACAUCCAAGUCGACGGCAGGAGAACAAUCCAGCACCUCCAGCUCCGGCCACUCCUCCUCCUCCUCUUCCUCUUCUGCUCAGAGCUUAAACUCUGCCGCCGCUUUAGGUUCAGCGCCUUCCAACACCACAUCAUCAUCAUCAUCAUCGUCCUCCUCCUCCACUUCAGGGCAGCCUUCUGCAUCCGUGCUGUCGUCUGCGCUGCUCCAGGACCCGGCGCUGCUGCAUCAGCUCCUGCCAGCGCUGCAGGCGACGCUGCAGAUGAACAACGGCAGCAUGGACGUGGCCAAACUGAACGAGGUCUUGACAGCUGCUGUCACUCAAGCUUCCCUGCGGUCUGUGCUUCAUAAGCUCCUCGCUGCUGGACCCGCUUUCAACGUCACUGCUCUGCUCGCCGCCGCUCAGCAGACCAAUCAAGCUCAGCAUUCGAGUCCAUCCCCGGUCUCUCUGACGACCGAUUCGUCGUCACCACGGCCGUACCUUUCACCCCGCAAUGGCGUACCCCAAAACACCCAGAAGCCCCUUCUGGGCAUGCACGCCUCCAGCAUCACAUCCACACAAACCAGGGGCAGUAUGUCUUCAGGAAAACAAGGAGCAGCUACUUUAUCCCAGACAACAGAAAAGCGUCCCGAAGACCCCAGAACUCUGCAGCAGAGAAGCAGCCAGGAGCUUCUGUGCUCGGGAUCUAGUGUAUCGAGUGGUGCAUUGCCUCUCGUGGCGUCCAGCAGCAGCCACGCUCAACUAGAGGCUCCCGGCUCCUUCACUCCCUCCCUGGCUGCUCACUUUGAUGAAAACCUCAUCAAACACAUCCAAGGGUGGCCUUCAGAGAACACUGAAAAGCAGGCGGCUCGGCUGCGCGAGGACUUCCACAACAUGGGCAGCCUGUACAUGUCUGAGAUCUGCACGGAAAUGAAAAACCUGCGCUCCCUGGUCAGAGUGUGUGAAAUUCAGGCCACGCUGAGGGAACAGAGGAUCCUGUUUCUGAGGCAGCAAAGCAAAGAACUGGACAAACUGAAGAAUCAGAACUCCUACAUGGUUUGAGGACCUACGAAGAGAAGGUUUUGCAUGGUCAGAGGAAAUCAACAAGCAGAAGAAGAAUAAAACACGGACAGCAGGCUGCUGCAGAGCAUUUUAUUCUCUUUGCUUUCGCAACCAACAAGUCAUUUUAUUUUUUUUUCUUCUCGAUUUUAAUCCCCUCUCCACCACAUUAACCGCCUUUUUCCGAAAAGGCCAGCCUGACAGUACAUCUGCUGUCACCAGGCGGACACAGAGGACCUGAGGCUCUUUACAAACGGCACCUUCUGAAUCCACGACGCUCGGAUUCUGUCUAAUAUAUUGACUCAAGUUGUUUUCAGGUGUGUUUUUAUGUGUAGUGGUGAGAAAGAGAUUCAGUAAGACCUAAAACCAUCUUAUAAUCUGUGUGAACGUUCUUUGAAGGGGGGGUUGGGGGGGUAGGACAUGCUUGUUUACUCUCAAAACUUUUGAUAUAUCUGUCAUGCAUAGAAAUGUCUGGAUUCAUUGCAGUGAUACUUCAGUUACUUUGCAUAUUACUUGUAAAUUGUUUUGCCAUCCAAUAGUUUUCAAGCCUGCUUUGUUUUUUGUUUUUUUCACGUAAAAGAGAAAAAAAAUCUAAAGAAAUUGAGAGACUACAAAUUUUUGGUUUUUACUUGGUGAUAUUUUUUUUCCUUUUUUCCAGUGACGCAAAUUCACUUAAAGUUGUGUUAGUGCACUACAGAGUUUUUCACGCCAUUUUUGGGAGCGUCUGCCAGGCGCCGCUGUUUUUUUUUUUUUUUUUUGCUUGCCCAUUAGUUUUUUGUGAAAAUAUUAGAAAUAUUACAUUCCUUUCACUAACUUUUUGUUCAAAAAAAAGCAAAAAAAUAAAAGUUAAGUUAUUGUCAAACUUGAAUCAUAUUAAAAACUUUUUUUUUAACAGAAGGAAUCACUUCUUCUCUCCCACUUAGGUUAAACAGCUGGUCUUACUGCAGCAUUUUUAUCAACUGACUUCAGCCACAAAAUGGUUGUCAACUAUUUUUCCAGCAUCCUGUUUGAUUACAGUUGUACACUCCAGCUUAAAAAUAUCUUUUUUUUUUAUUUUGGUCUCUCUUCUUUUUGAACCUUUGAAUAGUUUCCAUCAGAUCAGAAGUGCACUCUUCUUUUAGGGAAGGGGGAGAGGGAUGGGGGGUCUGGAGGCUUUGUAUUCCAUAAAAUAUGUGAAUAAAUGCUAUAACACA